CCGACGAUGACAUCAUCACGAUGGAGCUUCCGGUCGGAUUCCGUCUUCAAGUGUCUCCCCCAGAAAAGCUGGAUAGCGCAUUGAUUAAGCGUUGCGUGUUCUUGAGGCGUGGUAUGGGGUGGUUCUUGGGGCAGAUCAGCCGGGCAGCGCCCCCGCAAACUAGCCACACGUACGACUACCGCGUGGUUUUGGCGUACGAUCAAAGCACCAUCAGUGUGAAGAUGCCUCUAGAUGCAUACGAUGUAGACGAGGCGAACGCAGCCGUAGGAGCGUGGGCGUUGGUCGAGCCGAUCGACGAUUCGAAUGAGACGGCGGGGGUGUGUGAGAGUGAACAGCCACGCCGGCAGGGCAGUAGGGCGCGAACACCCAACGUUCGCAACAUUGACCAACCGGGAUAGCGCAUGCCAAGUUGUGACAACUUCACCAAUCGAUUUCGAAGGGCGUUAGGGAUAUAUGGAGUAUUAUGUCCGCACGCACAUUAGCACUCCCCCCCGCCGGCUCAUUCGAAUCUACCGCCGGGUGUCGUGCAAGCGUGUACCCCGCGGGUAGUGCAAAGCUUCGUGGCUGGAAAAGGAAAUAGGGAUGAUAAGAAAUCGUGCAAUUUGCAUGGUGGCGAAAAGAUAGGAAAUGGCGAACAUGAGAAAUCGUGCAUUUCUCGUCGGGGAAAAAUAGGAAUUGCCGACUAAGAAAUUCAGCUCACUAUGGCUGCGGCAAUAAGAUUUGAGCCUCAGCUGAAAAUAGGUGAUUCUUAUGAGUGAGCCGGC